AUAGAAUCGCCACUCAGUGACGUAAUCAACAAUUGUCAACAGUCACACAUCAUUUCAAAAUAUAAGAAGACACGAGAACACGUCAACCAAUUCAGGCUGCUGAUUAUUUUUUGUUACAAUACCAUUAUUCAUCCCGUAUUCAAUAUAUUUCGCAGCUAUAACAGUUCAGUCAUAAUUAAUGAAACAAAGUUACGAAACCUGCGAAAAUGAAGGUUAUGGUUGUGUUUGCCGUCCCAUGCCUGACUUGUUUACGUAAGGUAUUCCAAUCGGUACUUCGUUCGAAGACAACACGAGCUCAAUCAAUGAUGCGGUUUCAAUCUGAGAAUAAGCAGCUAUACGGGAAGGUUCUUGAAACCAAGAAGCAAAAAAUUGCUAGAGCAAAACACAUAGAUGAAGAAGUCCUGAACGAAGCGGAGUCCCAAAUAGACUCCGAGGCUUUCUGGCUUUCGAAAGUGGAUAACGAAGUGGUACGAAGAGUAAAAAUUAAUCGUAAAUCAUUACCAAGCCGAAGGAUAAAGAUUGAAGAAACAUCAAAAAAUGCACGAACGAAACAGGAAGCCAUAUAUCGUACUUCGCUAGUGGAUGCAGAAGUUGAACAAUCUAGGAUGGAAAAUGUGCCCGGAAAAGUUGAACAUCUUACUCAUAUUGUCCAUAAAAACAAACGACUUGGCUUUCCUUCAGAGAUAUUAAUAAAAAAUAUCACUAACUUUUCUUAUUUAGAUAAAAGUAAGGAUGCCAGAGUGUGUACACGCGAAGUAGUUUCUAUACCGGUGUAUCAUGAUUCUACAACAGCAUUUAUUCCAAGUGUUUCAAAAAUUUUAAAUCAAACUAUGUCAGAGGAGUCAAAAUUGAAUUUAGAAUUAUGGAAGAAAAGAAUGAUAGCUUUGAUGGGUGAAAAAGGCUUCGAAGAACAUCAACAAGAGACACUUUGUUAUGGGAGGCAAUUUCAUUCUAUCAUUCACAAUUUUCUCACCCAAAAGCCAAUUAAUGUUCCUGACGCAUUGGAGAAAUCUUGGCAGAGUGUGCAGCAGGUUUUGAAAGAAGUGCAUGGAGUCGCAGCACUGGAAAGCCACACCAUACAUUCUAAAUUGCAUUACAGAGGAGUCGUUGAUUGUGUUGCUCUGUAUAGAGGUAAUUUGUGCGUUAUAGAGUGGAAAAAGUCGGACAGAAUGAAGAAUACGAUACGUAGCACUUUCGAUGCACCAAUUCAAGCAGCUUCGUAUAUCGGAGCACUAAACUCUGACGAAAACUAUAAAUUUCAGGUCCAGAAUGGUCUAAUUGUUAUAGGGUACACAAGUGGUGAACCAGCUUCAGUAUAUGAGAUGAAUUCUCAGAUAUUGAAUAUGUAUUGGAAACAGUGGCUAAGACGACUACAGCAGUACUACGUAGUAGAAGAUUUAAAAGCCAAACAGCACUUACUUGUGCCUGAAGACCAGUGAAAACUAUAAGAUGACGGAAAACUCGUGUACAAUUACACAAUUUUCUUUCUUUAGCAUGAAGUGUUACUAUUUUUUUCUUGGAUAUUUUUUUUAUUAGCAGAAAUAAUAUGUCUGCAUAUAAAUUCCAUUUCUCUACUUUUCCAGUUAUUUCCAAGAAAUCUCUCUUUUGUUUUAAACUACUGAUAUCAAUUGUCACCGACUGUUUAACCUUUCAACAUUAGUAUCCGAAAAUAAUGACAACUUCCCGUCAGGUUCUUUGAAGUAUUCUUGCAAUAACACUGAUGGAAAUGUCAUUGACGAAACUACAGGAAAUGGUUGAGAUUUCGGAAAUAAAUGUAAAGUUAUCGAG